GCAAGAUUGAUAGGGUGAUCAUUUGGCUGAGAUAGUAAUCAAGGAAAGAGGGACAGAGAGGAAGAGGGAGAGAUUCAUCCAACACUUUACUGGACUUACCUGUUUCUUCCAAGACAAGCGUGCCAGCUGGGGGGGGGGGGUCACCAUGGAAACCAGGAUGGUGAUGAAGCGAGAGCAGGAGGAGCACUUGUCCCAGAUGUCUCACAGCAUGGACCUGUCCUCCCAGAUAAAGAAGAAGACCUUCACUUCCAGUGAAGAGGAGGCCUCCUAUGCUGAUUACUAUCCCAUCAUCCCUGGAGACGUCAUGUCCGUCAAGGAGAUCCUCGGCAAGUUCCCCCGCCACAGGACAUGGGAGGUCCUGAAAGAAACCAUGGCUGCUGAUGAAGAAGAGUACUACAGAGACAAGUGGACCAUGUUUGGGAACGAGGCUGAGAAGGUAGAGAUAGGAGUGAUCAGAAACCAGCAAUUGAUACGCACCCGGAUUGAUCGCAUGGCGUUACGCAAGCAGGCAGAAAAGAAGGCAUCAGCUCAUAUGAAGUACCUGGAGGACCUGAGUCAGAAGGCCCCAGAUUUCCCAGUCCCUCUGAGGGCACACACAGUCUGGGAGGGCAUGACGGUCAAACUCUCGUGCACCGUCCAGGGCUACCCACCUCCAAAAGUCACCUGGUACAAGGACGGUGUGCCGCUGAGCGUGGCUCACCAACCGUGGAAUUACAGCCUUCAGCAGAAGUUCGGUCUUAACUCGUUGGAGAUCAGAAGGUGUUCUGCUGAGGAUGCUGGCAAGUAUGAAGUGGUGGCUAAGAGCCCUCUUGGUAAAGCUACCACGUUUGGGACACUGGUGGUGAAUUCAUAUCAAGGAGCCAUGGCUGGUUCAGAGCGCUCGCAGACCCCUGCUUUAGUGCUGGAGCAGGAAGCCCAGUUUGGCAGCACCUUCCCCCCAACCUGGGUGAGGGAGGGGGAGAGCCUCGUCCUGAAAUGUGGCUUCACGUCAGCCCCGCUGCCAUUCCAGCAGGAGGUCAGCUGGUUCAGAGAUGGGGUCCAGCUGCACCACUCCAGUCGGGUGGACAUUAAAACAGCCAGCGAAAUGGCCUCCAUCACUUUGAGAGGCAUACACAAGGAGGACGAGGGUGUGUACUCUGUCCGUCUGAGGACCUGGGACGGGGUCCAAGAACACAGUGCCUUCGUCUAUGUCAAAGAUGCAUCAGCUGCAGUGGUGGGAGGCCCCGCGUCCCCCCUGGCAGUCCAGGUACAUGAUGUUAACAAGGAUUACGUCUUCCUGACCUGGAAGCCACCCAGUGCAGAUGGAGCCACUCCGGUUGAGGGUUACUUUGUGGAGAGAUUGGACAUAGGUGAGGGUCAGUGGGUGCGUUGCAAUGAUCAAGUCCAGAAAAUGUGCCACUACCCGGUGUUUGGGCUGAAGGAAGGAACCAUGUACCAGUUCAGGGUGCGUUCUGUAAACCAGGCUGGUGAAGGACGACCCUCCAAGGCCACUGAACCGGUCCUCACUGCAGACCCCUUGGAACACACCAGGACUAUGGUGGUCAAAGUGGACGAAUGGAGGGAGAUCAUCAUUACCAAAGACCAGCUGGAAGGUCAGAUCAAGGUUCCCUUCCCUCCCACAGACGUCCAUGCCUGCGAAGUGAGCGACACCUACGUGGUGCUGAGCUGGACUGAGCCUGAACCCCGAGGCAGGGAGCCGCUCACCUUUUAUGUAGAGCAGUCCCUGACAGGGAAGAACAGCUGGCGGCUGGCCAACAUGGACAAGGUGGUGAACUCUCCCAGGUUCCCAGUAUUUGACCUGGAGAAGGGCAAGGAGUACUGCUUCAGGGUGCGCUCCGUCAACAAGUAUGGCGUCAGUGACCCCUCUGAGCCCAGCAUGCCCAUCUCCUUAGGAAAGACACAAGCUGCACCAGCUUCGCCCCACUCUGUCCAACCCUUCAGAGACACAGACACCUCGGUGCUGCUCCAGUGGCAGGAGCCCAAAGAGAAAGACGACAUCCUGGGCUACUACCUGUACUACAGUGAAGCCGGCAAACAAAACUGGCAGACCAUCAACAACAAGCCUGUUACUAAAACCAGGUUUACAGUCCAUGGCCUCAAGACCCAGAGGGAGUAUGUGUUCAGGGUGAAGUCUGUGAGCCGAGCAGGAAACAGCAAGUAUUCGGAUGAGUCAUCCUCCAUCCUGGUCAAAUCAGCGAUUCAUGUUCCCUCCCCUCCCUCGGCCAUCGCCCUGCUGCUGUGCUCCGGCUCAGAGAUGGUGCUGACCUGGAGGGCCCCUGCCUGGAACGGAGGAGACCCUGUGCGUGGCUACUACCUGGACCAGAGGGAUAAGAGCGUGGCCAUGUGGAGGGAGGUCAACGUCAAGCCUGUCAAAGAGAGGCAGUUUAAGGUUUGCAACCUCGCUGAUGGGCACUACUACCAGUUCCGAGUGUUUGCUGCCAACCUGGCUGGCAUCGGAAAGCCCUCCGAGCCCAGCGAAGCUUUCCUGUGUGAGAAGUGGACAAUGCCACAGCCAGGCUGUCCGUACGACCUGGAGUUCAGGGAGGUGAGGCACGACUCUCUGGUGCUGCUGUGGGAGGCGCCGCUGUAUGAGGGACAGAGUCCUGUCACUGGCUAUAUGGUGGAAAUCAGCCAGGGUGACCAAUCAGAGAGCUGGACUCCUCUCAAUGAUAAGCCAAUCCCUGACACUUUAUACAGGGUGCCAGGUCUCCAGGAUGGCCAAACCUACCGUUUCCGUGUGUCUGCGGUCAACGAGGCUGGAGUGGGCCGGGCUUCCCUGACCUCUGAGCCAAUCACAGCUGAGACCCAGCCAGGCACCAAAAACAUUGAGAUUGGUGUGGACAAUGAUGGCUUCAUAUUUCUGGCCUACGAGGCUGCCCAGAUGACUGACAGCGGCGAAUUCCUCUGGAGCAAAAACUAUCGGGAUGCCAUUGAUGCUGCGAGAGCCAGGGUAGAGAGCAAGCAAAAUAGGUCAGUCCUCACAUUCUCCGACCCCACUGAGGAGGAUCUGGGUCUCUACACAGCGGAAAUGAGUGACAACCCCAACCAGUCUUCCAGCUACAACUUCACCGCUGAAGACCUUGAAAGACUGAAAGAACUCAGCUGGCAAAUCAGAAACCCACUGAUAGCGCUGAAGUCGGGCUGGCAGGUGGACAUCUCUGAGAAAGGCGAGGUGCGCCUGUGGCUUCAGACGGAGAGCCUGAGUAAGGACGCUGAGCUCCGUCUCAUCUUCAAUGACCGAGAAAUCUCCAGCACUCCGCACCGUAAGAUCAACUUUGACAAGGCCAAAGGUCUGGUGGAGAUACUGUUUGAUCAGCUGUCUCAGGAAGAUGAAGGCUCUUACACGGCUCAGCUGAGGGACGGCCGUGCCAAGAACCAGUUCACGCUGGUCUUUGUGGAUGAGAAGUUCCGUCAGGCGCUGGCCUUGGCUGCUGCAAACAAACGUGACCAUCAGAGAAAGUCAGGACCCUAUUUCCUGGAGUUCCUGUCAUGGAUCGUGACUGAGGACUGCGAAUUAGUCAUAAAGUGCAAGGUGACAAAUGUAAACAAGGACACAACUCUCAAGUGGUUCAAGGAGGGCAUGGCGGUGACCGAAGCCGUGUACGACCAGUCAUCAGGAGUCAGCACACUCACUGUCCCACAGGUGACGAAGAAAGAGGCCGGCUCAUACAAAGCAGUGGUGGCUGAUGGGAGGGGAGAGGAUGUCAGCACCUUGGAAUUACUGGAUGAUGAGUAUGACAAGCUCCUGCAACAGCUGAGUAAACAGUGUGCAUUGUCAGCAGGCCCGUUGAGGAUUCAGUGCACCCCCGAGGGUUUCAAGCUCUACUGCUCUCUCAAAUACUAUCUGAGCUACUUGAAGACCGGCUGGCACUUCAAGGAGAGGAGGAUUGACCAGGACGCCAGGAACAAACCGGGCAGCAGUAUGCAGAAGGUCUGGAUUGAGAUCUUUAACCCCACUGAGAAUGACAAAGGCAAAUAUACCGUGGAGUUGUUUGACGGCAAGGACACACACCAACGCCAUCUUGACCUGUCUGGACAAGCCUUUUCUGAUGCCUUGCUGGAGUACCAGAGGCUGAAGCAAGUGGCGAUUGCUGAAAAAAAUCGGGCUAAGGUGACAAAAGGUCUCCCGGAUGUGGUGGCCAUCAUGGAGGGCAAGUCUCUGUGCCUGACGUGCUUCAUCGACGGUGAUCCGGCCCCGGAGAUCUUCUGGCUCAGGAAUGACAGAGAGCUCAUCAGCCAGAAUCAGUUCAGCAUCACUAAAGAGCCAAAGUGCAGCACGCUCACUGUCACCAACGUCACCAUGGAAGACUCUGGAAAGUACAGCAUCUUUGUGCGCAACAAGUACGGCUCUCAAACGGUCAACGUGACUGUGGGUGUGUACAAGUAUGGGGAUAAGCCUCCAGCAAACGCUGUGGAGAUUGUGGAUUAAGACAAUUCACCGAUUUGAUGUGAUCAUUUACUUUUUAAUCGAUUUGCUCUACAAAAAUGGCGAUUGAUAUCAAUAAUACAUAAAUUAAUAUACACAGAGAAAUAGAGACUUAGUAAUUGAAAAGAUGGUGGUGUGUUUAUUUGCGUUUAUGCAGGGUUAUGUAAGUGUUAAUGGCACCUGACUAAGCAAGUGAAAAAUGUCCAGUGAAGGUAACUGAAAUAUACAAUCCCCUAUAGUUUUAAUGCGAACGCUGUCUAUCUAAUUCAGCUAUACCACACAGUGAAUAUGACAGGAGUAUGUCAUAUUCAAUUACAACUUUGCCUGAAAUUUCUGUCAUAAUUGGAGGAGAGAUAAUGACUGCAAGGUUAUGAGGUUAGGCUCAUUAGGCAAAAACUGCACAUGGCUAAGUGGUAAUUACGUGUGUUGUCUGCGACUGAGAUGGCGAGAUUUGAAUUUCCAAUUAUAUUCAGGGUUAUGUUUUAUUAGAAAUGUCAUGUUAGUCACGCACUUUGAGCAGACUACAUGGGAGUAUGACGUGAAGACUAUCUCUUUAUUUCAUUGUUCAAAAGCCCCUGUAGUAAUGCACAAACGCUGCAAAAAAGCUCAUGUGUUGGACUGUAGAGCUUUCUGUUUUAAAUCUGU